AGGGGAGGGGACAAGGCAGGCACAAAGAAAAACACACAAAGUUUCAAAGAUGACAGGAAGAGAUUUACAGUGUAGGUACAGAGGCACAGAGCAAUCGGCUCUGCUGUGACAGAGGGAGGGAGGGAGAGACGGAGAGAGGAAGAGAGAGGGGGGAGAGAGGGAGAGAAAGGGAGAGAAAGAGGGACACAGGGGGGCUGUUAGCACCUUUGAAGAAAGAAUGUUCUCUGCUGCCCUUCCUGUGGGAGCCUAACGGACUCGGAGAGGAGACGCGCGGGAUUGGAGCAGAGCACCACCGAACUGCGAUGUAAUAGCAAGACUCUUCUGUGCCGUUCGGGAUUCCUCCUCGAUGAUGUGUGGACAUCAGAGAUGCAGUGAGAAACCAGCGGGAUUUUCAAAAGUCCCAGGUCUGCUAUUCUGACGGGGUGUGGCCGAUCAAGGGACGCAGGGACCUCAGCAACGUUGGCUACUGAGCAUCCGCUUCCACGCUCAAGCUGCCCUUGGCGUAAGUCUCAGACCGGACCCCACCUCCCCCGGAGGUCAUGACUGAGAUCUCCGCUCCUGGCGGAGUUGACGGAGGAGGAUCUCCACCCGGCGAGAGAGAGACUGACAUCCUGGACGAUGAGGAAGACGCCGAUACGAUUCUCCCCGCCUUCGUCGAUCCGAGCUCCGCUGCCGUCGGCCGGCUGUCCUCUGACGAGACGGGCACCGGUCUCCAGGGGCGCGUCAGGAUGUGUGCAUCUCCGUCGCCUAGAGACUUGGAGUGGCAGCGUGUUCUCCACGCUCCCUUGGACUACAGCAGGUACAUCCCGGAGGCCAGAGACGCCGUAGUGAACGGGGGACACCCCGCGCCCUACACCCCUCCAAGGGGAACAAGCAGUAGGGAGGCUGUGUUGCGCGUUGCCCUUGGCGACAGCUCCUCACUGUCUGAACUGUCCCAGGAGGAGGAGUUGUCUCUGAGCACAGACAUGGAGGAGUCCAUAGAGCAGCUGAACCAGCUCAUUCUGGACCUAGACCCCACCUUUGUACCCGUGCCCACCCGGAGCACCCCUCUGUCCCGCUCCGCUUCGCUCCACAGCAACGGCCUCAGUCCCGGAGGACAGGGCCACAAAGCAGGGUGGCAGCAGAAGAGGCAGGCCAGUGACGCAACAAGUUACUCUUUCUUCAACGGUCCGAGUUUUAGUGACAGCAGAAUGACAUUAAACUCCUCUGUAAAUGGUGGCAGUCCCCUUCCAUCACAGCUUGGUUCUCUGUAUAAGAUGGACAGUGUGGACUUUAGGGGUCAGAACACAGCUGUGAUUGACAGCUACGACGUUGUGCCUUCUACUCCCGCCUUUCCAGUGUCUCCACCCACACCCUACGUGAAGCAAUCAUCUGAAUUCUCACAACUUAAGUCUAUGAGGCAGAGGGAGUCCAGCAGAGCCUCAGAAGAUUCCCUGAGUUUCAUGGACAGCAUGAGUCAUGCUGGCUCAACAGAAGCAGAGCUGUUCAGGGCAGACUUGUGUAGGACCCCCGACUCCUGCCAGGGGAUGUUUAACUCCAGGACCACCGGGUCUUCCAGUAGCCCGCUCCCACACACUGACAGCUCCACCCCGCCACCCAGCUCCCUCAGGUCGCCCUUCCCGCCCAGGCAGUUGACCCCUCUGUCACACAGCUCCCCCCGGGGGGGUCCGACAGGCCUGGGAGCCCCACCGGAGCUCCUAGGGGAGAUGGGGGAGUCAAACCUGUCCUCCCUACCCCUGGGGAACGGAUCUCUUCUGGAGCACAGCCUGCUGGAGGCCAUGGAGGGUCUGGGGGGUCUGCGCUUCGGUUUGGGCCUGGGACCUGACGAUUUGGGCCUGCCCCCGCUGCUGCCCGAGAAGAGGACAGGGAGCAAAGGGGGGGAGCUGCACUCGCACUCCCCGUCCUUCAGCGGGUUCUCCAGCCCCCACAGCGACAGCAGUCUGAGCAUCCCCUUCUCCUCCCCCGAGCCCCUCAGGGGGCUCAGCCGGACCUCCUCACCUGGAUACUCAGAGCUGUCUGGAAGUAGGCAGGACACUGUGAAGUUUGUCCAAGACACCUCCAAGUUCUGGUACAAGCCAGACAUCUCCCGAGACCAAGCCAUCACACUGCUGAAGGACAAGGAGCCAGGCUCGUUCAUCGUCAGGGAUAGUCACUCGUUUCGUGGGGCCUAUGGAUUGGCAAUGAAAGUGGCAACACCUCCCCCCUCUGUGUUGCAACAGAGCAAGAAAGGGGAUCCGUCCAAUGAGCUGGUGAGGCACUUCCUCAUCGAAUGCACCCAGAAGGGCGUGCGACUCAAGGGCUGUCCCAACGAGCCCUACUUCGGAAGUCUCACUGCAUUGGUGUGUCAACAUUCCAUUACCCCCCUGGCACUGCCCUGCAAACUCAUCCUCCCUGACAAAGACCCUAUGGAGGAGCUCCAUGACUCAUCUCCGCAGACAGCUUCCAACUCAGCAGCAGAACUUCUGAAGCAAGGAGCAGCGUGCAACGUGUGGUACCUGGGCUCCGUGGAGCUGGAGUCCCUGACGGGUCAUCAAGCGGUGCAGAAGGCCACCAGCCAGACCCUGGUCGCAGACCCCCAGCCCACCUCAACCGUGGUGCACUUCAAGGUCUCCGCCCAGGGCAUCACACUAACAGACAACCAGAGGAAACUGUUCUUCAGGAGGCACUACACAGUGAACACGGUCAUAUUCUGCUCCCUCGACCCACAAGCUCGCAAAUGGACAAGAGAGGGAGGCUCCCCGGCAAAGAUCUUCGGGUUCGUCGCCAGAAAGUCUCAGAGCGGUACCGAAAAUAUAUGCCACUUAUUUGCAGAACACGACCCAGAGCAACCGGCCAGCGCCAUCGUUAAUUUUGUCUCCAAGGUCAUGAUAGGCUCUCUUAAGAAGUAAUCGGGUGAGAGAGCAGUAGAAACAGAGAGAGAAAGAGAGAGAGAGACUCAUCCUACCAAUGGCCUGAACCAGUGAACCAUUACUCUGUGCUCUAUUAAGUCAGCCUAGAUGUUGCCAAAGUGGAUCCAGACAAGCCUCUGAAUGGGAGCUGGACCCCCUCAACACGAAACCAUUUAUGCGGACCGGUCCUGUCGGUACUGCAUUGUGCCUGGAGAGACAUUGUUGGCAUGGACCUGCAAUACAAGCUACUGCCACUAAAGGGAGCCACUCCGCCUUGGUUCCGCAGACAGCCCAAGGCACUAAUGAAGCCAUUUGAAAUGAGGAGAAUGCAUGAUGACGCCUCUGUACAUUAAUUUUAAUGUAUAUAAGAUGUUGCCCGAAUUCUAAAGGGAAAUUUGAUGUGAAUAUUGUGCCACCGCUUUUCCAAUUAUAUUAUGUACUUUUGUCAUGUUUUGUUUUUGCUUUUCAACACGUCAUGAGUGAAAUGCUUUUCGCCAAAACUUUGAUGGUAACUCUUUACCAUCCAAUCUAAAAAGUAAUUUUAUUCAUAGUGAUAUUUGGAAGGAUAUUACAGUUUCUUAUGUGAACUGGUUUGAUAUGCUAUGAACUCUCAAAGGGUGAAAGUGUUUUUCUUGAAUUGCACUGUAUCUAUCCAAAGACGCCUGUGGGCAUUUAAAAUGCUCACAUCAUUAUACCGACCAUAAGCAGUGAACAAUAAAAUUAUCCCAUGAACAAUGA